AUGGCAGAUUCAAAGCCGACAAGUAGGCCUACUUCACCCGAAAUAGUGCGCCCUGAUACUUUGAGGAGGCGCAUCUCCUUGGGUUUCAACACUUUGGUUUCAGCCCUUCCGCUGCGAAGAAACACUCCCCAGCAAGAGCCACCUCCCCGUCCAAAAACCGCGCCUACGCCAAACCAGCCGCUUGUUCGCCCGAACGUGGAUACUGCCCAACGCCCGGAGAGGAGGGUUCCGAUUCCUCCAAUACACAUUCCUUCUUUGGCCGAACCUGAACAGCCAUGUCCUUACGACGAGACCAAGUAUCACUCAUUCUCAAGCACUGAGCGCCGCCGAUGCACCUUUUGCGGCAUGCGACCACCUUCCAGACUCAGCUCCAGCUCGCCAUGCAAGGAAUGCCGUUCCAGGAGCCCAUUCUCCCACAUGAAACUAGGCUUUGGCCAUAGACCUAAACUUAGAGGCAGGAAGGAAGUCAAGCCUUCAACGCUAGAGGCACCCGAAAGAGAGCAAGACUCGUCUGACGACGAAGGCCCACGCAUUGUGCCUCGUGAGAUUGCCGCUAAGAGAAUCGGGAAUCCGCCUAGGAAAGCAGCACUUCCCGUGCCUCGAGCAGGCGCUCUGAACAACAGUCUAGAUCCGCUUACUGAGCACCCGCCGUAUCACUCCACAAAACGGACUUCAGCCUCACCCAGCAAAAUUGCUGAUACCGCGCGGCCUCAAGCCCAUCACGUGAGACCCACAAGCCCCAGACUGCAUUAUCUCCAUGGCUUACCUGACUCAAAGGCAUACCCUUAUGUGCGCAAGAGCGAAGUCCAACAGCAUUUUGCCGCUCUUCGCGCUGGCUCACCCAGCCCACUAGCCGAGUUUGCGCUGGCGGCUGAGCAGCAAAAGAGGAAGCAAGAUCGCAGCGCCGACUUCUCAGAGACAGUGUACUAUGGCAGGAUCCCCAAGCCCGCGCUUGUACCUGAGAUGGAGAAGCGGGAUUGUCCGGAGCAGCCUGGACGCAGCAAUGUUGUAGUUGUUGUAGAGGAGGAGACGCUGCAGCUAGGCGGACACAUUGUCAUUACAGAAUGUGUGGGAUUGGAACAGCAGCACGAUCUGGAUGAGCGGCUGCACAGCAGUAUGCAUGCUACAGCUGUUGAGCAUCAGCACUCUCAACCGCGUUUCUUCAGACUGUUCAGCAGAAGCAAUAGCCGUGCUGCGUCUCCCGCUUCAGACUCUCCGACGCCCAGAGACGCUGAACCCAUCGUCAGGCUGAGAGGCGGUGAUGACACACACAACACCGCGUAUCCUUCUGGCUGCGGACUCCUGCUCAAGCAGCUUCUCCUCACAUGCCACCGCCCGCGUCGAGGAGGCACCCAAGACACAGACUCCAGCAGCGACGAGCAUGACUCGCCACCGCGAAUCGCGGAUCCAGUCAGAAUUGCUUGCGUGAAGCGUAGGAACACGGGUACCGCGCGUCUGCCGAGGAAUAUACAGCGCCGAGACGCUGUAUCACGGACAGUAGCGAGGAGUAGGACUUUUUCCGUAUCUAUCCACAGAGAUGGAGAUGGAGAUGCAGAUACAACGACUGUAUCCUCACCGCGAACAGCGACUCCCACAACUACCCAUCGCACCCCCGGGUCUCCCGCCCCCUGCAUCCCGCCAUCAUCGUUCCGCUGCCCUUCCUCCCCUCUAUCUUUGCCCUUGAAAUCUUGCUCUCACUCCAAUAAACAGACCCCAACGCCAGCUCUACCUCCAGUUCCAGCGCCACUGGACCCGCCCUGCCUCAGAGGCGGCGCCGGAUCCCCCUCGACGCUCCGCAACAACGACACCCUGCCGCCAACGCUGUUCUGGCUUGCGGGCGGAAGCCGCAGGCCCGUCGACGCGGCACGCUGGAAGGCGCGGAAACCACAGACGAGGAUGGGUGGGUGGCUUGGGUGGGCGGUGUAUGGGUUGAAUGGGGGUAAAGGGGGUAAGGGUGAGAGUGAAAGAGAUGGGAACAGCGGAGAAGCGGGGAAGGGUGGGAGGAAGAGAGGGAAGAGUCAUUUGCAGAAGGAAAAGGAGAUGCCGAUUGUAGGGUCGCGUGCGUCGGUGAGAGGGGGUGUGGCUGCUGAGGCUGCGGUGGGUGCAGAGACAGGCGGGCAUGUGGCGUCGGGUUCUGGGCAGGAAGGUGGUGGAGGAGAGGCGGAGACAGCCGUUCAGCAGGGUGCUGUGUCUGAGUAA